AUGGGCCCCGCCCUGCUGGGCCCCGUGCGGCGCUCGCACUGCGCUGCGCUCGCCGGCCUCGCGCUGCUCCUGCUGCUACUGCUGGCGCGUCUGCCGCCCGCCGCGCCGCCCGCGCCGCGCCCUGCCCCGCGCCCCGCGCCGCGCCCAGAACCGCGCGCCGAGCCCGCGCCCCCGGCCGCGCCCGCCAACCGCACGGCGCCGCCCGCGCCCAGCACUAGCGCCACGCUGCGGGCCAGCACGGCGCCGCGCGACCCGCGCAUCGUGCUGGUGCGCGACGUGUACGUGGCCGGCCACGAGCGCCCGCACCCCGAGCUGUGCCCGGCGCUGGGCGCGCGCCUGCGCCUGCUGGUGCUGGUGACGUCGGCGCCGGCGCACGCGGCCGCGCGCGACGCGGUGCGACUGACGUGGGGCCACUACGCCGCGCGCGCCGACGUGGCGCUGGCCUUCGUGCUGGGCGCGCCGCCCGACGCGCUGCGGCCCGCGCUGGCGGCCGAGGAUGCGAUGUACGGGGACCUGGUGGUGGGCCGCUCGAUCGACUCGUACUCCAACCUGACGCUGAAGACGCUGUCCAUGCUGGAGUGGGCCGACACGUACUGCCCGCGCGCGCCGCGCCUGCUGAAGACUGACGACGACAUGUUCAUCAACAUCCCGCGCCUGCUGGAGUUCGCGGCGGCGCCGGGCCGCGCCAACGCCACGCGCACCAUCUGGGGCAAGGUGGUGCGGCGCUCGUUGCCCAAGCGCACCACCAAGUCCAAGUACUACCUGUCGCCGCUCCAGUACCCGGCGCGCGUGCUGCCGGACUUCGCGACGGGCCCGGCGUACCUGCUGACGGCGGACUGCGUGGCCCCGCUGCUGGCGGCGGCGCCCCGCGAGCGCUACGUGCGCCUGGAGGACGUGUUCGUGACGGGCGUGCUGGCGGCGCGGCUGGGCCUGCGGCGCCAGCACGCGCCCGAGUUCUACAACAAGAAGGUGGCGCCGCACCCGUGCGCGGUGCAGCGCGGCCUGGCCAUCCACAUGGUGCGCUACCACGAACAGUUCGACCUCUGGCGCAAGCUGCUCGACGGCAAGACCAAGUGCGCCAGCUAG